AAAGUGACAGUUUGGCAUCUGAAUCGAAACAAUCGCUUCUCGCAUGGUCCGGUGUUAUCCGUCGAAGAUUACACAACCCCAGGAAGGCAUUUACAUGAGAUUGGGUUUAAAUAUUAAACUUUGAAAAAAAACGAGUGUUUUUCUUUCGCCUACCUGCGCUUGAUAAAGAUUUACGGCGACGUGCAUUUGCAACCUGAAAUAAUUCGAUAGAGAGAAACGAGAGAUGGAAAUGUCUCUGGAUAAUCUGUCAUCGGGACAAAAAGAUGAACUAAUGAUCCAGGUAAAACAGCAGAUAGCUCUUGCUAACGCCCAGGAAUUACUCUCGAAAAUGACUGAAAAAUGCUUCAAAAAGUGUAUAUCCAAGCCAGGGACGGAGUUGGAUGGAUCCGAACAGAAAUGCAUCGCAAUGUGUAUGGAUAGGUAUAUGGAUUCAUGGAACCUAGUUUCCCGGACUUACACCCAACGUAUACAGAAAGAGCAGUACAAAGGAUAGAUUUCCCGAAAUAAAUUAAUAGGCAAAACAAUUACCAAGGAAAAUAAAAAUACAUUUACAUAUAUGUAAAGAAACUUAGAUUAAAAAAAUCAUAAGAAAAUAAAACUUACACAUAUGAAGCCUAAA